AUGAAUCAAUCAAGAGUUCCUGUUUAUUUGACACAUGUAUCAGCUGGUACAUCUGUAAAAUAUAUGAUUCAUUAUGCUCAAGGUGUCCGUAUAAAUAAAUUUCAAGCUAAUGAUUAUUGUUCACCAGAAGAAAAUCAUUUAUAUUAUAAUCAAACAACACCCCCACUAUAUUCUAUUCGUUCAACGAAAAUACUAACAGUAAUAUUCUGGGCAGGUAAUACUUGGGUUGCUGAUCCAGUUCAUGUAUCUUAUAUUUUUGAUAAUAUUCAAAGUUCAGUUUAUCAGAAAUAUAUUCCAGAUUAUAAUCAUUUGGAUGUUGUUUGA